AAACCACCAAUGGCUUCACAGUAUUCACAUGAAGCACUGACAUAGGGCAAUGACUAAACAAAUCCUCCACAGGCAGAGAGAAUGAGUAAACCAUUGUUUUAUUCAAUAUUGGCAGACAGCAGACAGACAAGUCAAUGGAGAAUUCUGACAUAUCAAAAAAUGUGUUUAAAGGAUUCAAGGGAACAUAUAAUGAGCUGAUAUGUCAGGAUGAUUUCAGCACAGAUGGACAUCCUCUCCAUAACAGACAAGACCAACAACAAGUGUUCAUGUUCAUGGUGAGAGAUGGGCAGAGUUUUCGAUUCUACCGAUUGGUUGCAGUGAGUCUGGGCAUGCUCAGUGCUCUUCUACUGGUCGUUGACAUUGGUCUGGGGGUCCAAUACAGCAAAGUCAGUGAGAAGUAUGGUCCACUAUAUCAGAACUUGACACAUAUCAGCAGUGAGCUGGAGCAACUCAGAGCCACCCACAGUAAUAUGAUCCAUGCCAAAGAGGAGGUCCUGACAGGUUGCAACCUGGUCUCAGAGCAUUUCAUACUAUUCUGUAUGUAAAUCUGAAACAUCCCAUAUAGUUUGAUAUGUUACAUUUCGUAUGGUAUUGUAAUGACCUAACUAGAUCAUAAAGGAACAAUUGUCCAGACAGAGGAUUGAGUUUAAGAAUUUACGGUUUAUUAACCCAACUUCACACAGGCUACUGUUUGGCCGUAGCCCACGCCAAAUAAACGAAGGAUACCCCUAUAAAACAACCGUGACCUUCUCUUGUGAAGGCCAGACGUAAGAGAGAGAACAAUGGCUAAACCCGGUCUUAACUUCCAAUGCUCCAUCCCCUGCCCAACCCCCCUGCACGCCACUCCGCCAACCACCAGGACGCCCGGUAUCAGAACAUUCCAGGCAUUCCUGUGAUUGGCAGAUAGCAAGUUGAUUGGCAUGGCGGACCCUGCGAACACUGUGCUGGUACAGAAUACAAAAUGCUCUGAGACCAGGUUGCGAGAGCUCCAAAAGGUGAACAAAACCAGCAGGCAGCUAGGGAGUGCCAAACACACCGGCAUGGAGUUACAGAGGCAGGUUGAAAGCCUUCAGGAACAGGUGGCAUUGCAGUCCAGCGCCACUGAAGUUGGCAUUCAUAAGUUGAUGCACACAGUGCAGUUUAACUCCGAACCCAUGCACAUAAAAGGGUUCUGGAUAGGACUGAAGGAGGAAGAGGAUACAGAGGGGACCUGGACAUGGCUUGAUGGGACUGAUCUGACUCAGGGGUACUGGGAAGAUGGAGAGCCCAAUGACCACUAUGGAAUGGAGGACUUUGCGGCCAUCAAAAUAAAUCCCAUGAAGUUCUGGAAUGAUGCUACUUGUACAAGUGAAAUGCAAUCAAGGAAGGCUUAGAAAAUGUCCAUUAUUUCAUUAAGGAAAUACAUACAUUGAAAAUAAUAGGCAUUGGAAUCAAAUGUAAAUUGAAGUUGUACAUAGCAUAAGAUUGUAUCUGUUGAAAUAAAUUGUCAUAUUGUAAAGUUAAACACAUAGAAAUUAAUAUGAGUUCUGUAUCUUUUUGAUUGUAACGAGUAAUCAAUCAAAAACAAACAAGACAGACUACAAAUUGUUGUCACAUCUGCUCCUGCCACGUCCUCUAGUGCUCAUCCGGUGUCUCCUUGACCUGCCGCCACUCCCCCAGUGCUCUCUCCCUGUGUGUGAUUGUGUGGGCGGAGACAGGUGUGCUGGAGUCAGAGCAGAUCCCCACCAGCUGCAACCUGUUUCAUAAUCAAGACCUCUACAAAUACUCAGUCCUGCCUCUUCCUCACUGCCAGAUCCUAAUCUCUGUUAAUUCUGCCUGCUCUGACUCUGGUCCCUGUCUCCAGUCCAACGUCUCGUCAUCCUGCUACUCUGUCCUGGAUUCCCCACUCUACUACUCCCUUGGAUUCCCCACUGGACCUGCUCACCCUGUCUCAAACCCUCUCGCUCCAGCCUCAGCAUUUGGUUUCCAGCAACCUGCCCGAGCUUCCCCUGACCUGCACUCCAUCUCCCCGUGUUUCAAUAAAUACCCUGGUUACUUCA